CUGGGCACUCUGCGGGGCUCUCCGGCCGGCGGGUGGAGACCGAUCCGGGAUCUGUCCCAGCAGGAAGCGUAUCCCGGCCGCCGUCGUCUCCGGUGCUCGCUCUCGGCCGCGGCGUCGCGCUCGCCCUUCGCGUUCGCAGCCCGGCAUCCUCUCCACAGCCACGACCCCUCGCGCACCUGCCUCGCCGGGAUAUAGUGGAUAACCUCCUUCAAAAUGGAAGAUGGAAAGCCCGUUUGGGCACCCCACCCCACAGAUGGAUUUCAGAUGGGCAAUAUUGUGGAUAUUGGCCCUGACAGCUUAACAAUUGAACCUUUGAACCAAAAAGGCAAGACAUUUUUGGCUCUGAUAAACCAAGUAUUCCCUGCAGAAGAGGACAGCAAAAAAGAUGUGGAAGAUAACUGUUCACUGAUGUACUUAAAUGAAGCCACACUCCUCCAUAAUGUCAAAGUUCGGUACAGUAAAGACAGAAUCUAUACAUAUGUGGCCAACAUUCUGAUUGCAGUAAAUCCAUACUUUGAUAUACCUAAAAUAUAUUCUUCAGAUACAAUAAAGUCAUAUCAAGGAAAAUCUCUUGGGACGAUGCCACCUCAUGUCUUUGCUAUUGCUGAUAAGGCUUUUCGAGACAUGAAGGUGCUCAAAAUGAGCCAGUCUAUCAUUGUAUCUGGAGAAUCAGGAGCUGGCAAAACAGAAAAUACAAAGUUUGUUCUAAGAUACCUGACAGAAUCUUAUGGAACAGGCCAAGAUAUUGAUGAUAGAAUUGUUGAAGCUAAUCCACUUUUAGAAGCGUUUGGAAAUGCAAAGACUGUUCGUAACAAUAAUAGCAGUCGAUUUGGAAAAUUUGUAGAAAUUCAUUUCAAUGAAAAGAGUUCAGUUGUUGGAGGAUUUGUUUCCCAUUACCUUCUAGAGAAGUCUAGGAUCUGUGUACAAGGGAAAGAGGAGCGGAAUUACCAUAUUUUUUACAGGCUGUGUGCUGGGGCUUCAGAAGACAUCAGGGAGAAGCUUCACUUGAGUUCCCCAGAUAAUUUUCGGUAUUUAAACCGGGGCUGCACUAGAUAUUUCGCUAACAAAGAAACGGACAAACAGAUUUUACAGAACCGAAAAAGUCCUGAGUAUGUUAAGGCAGGUUCCUUGAAGGAUCCUCUAUUAGAUGACCAUGGAGAUUUUAUCAGGAUGUGCACAGCCAUGAAAAAAAUUGGUUUGGAUGAUGAAGAAAAACUUGAUCUGUUUCGAGUCGUAGCUGGUGUCCUGCACCUUGGAAAUAUUGAUUUUGAAGAAGCCGGAAGCACUUCAGGUGGCUGCAAUCUGAAGAAUAAAUCUGCCCCAUCACUGGAAUACUGUGCUGAAUUGCUGGGUUUGGACCAAGAUGAUCUUCGAGUCAGUUUAACCACUAGAGUCAUGCUCACCACAGCAGGGGGCACCAAAGGAACCGUUAUAAAAGUCCCCCUGAAAGUGGAGCAGGCAAACAAUGCUCGAGAUGCUCUGGCAAAGACGGUCUAUAGCCAUCUCUUUGAUCACGUGGUAAACAGGGUGAAUCAGUGCUUUCCUUUCGAAACAUCUUCUUAUUUUAUUGGAGUCCUGGAUAUUGCUGGUUUCGAGUACUUUGAGCACAACAGCUUUGAGCAAUUUUGUAUCAACUAUUGCAAUGAGAAACUUCAACAGUUUUUUAAUGAAAGGAUCCUGAAGGAGGAACAAGAACUGUAUCAGAAAGAGGGCCUGGGUGUUAAUGAAGUCCAUUACGUGGACAAUCAGGACUGCAUAGAUUUAAUUGAAGUGAAAUUAGUGGGAAUCCUGGAUAUUCUGGAUGAAGAAAAUCGUCUUCCCCAGCCGAGUGACCAGCACUUUACAUCUGUGGUUCACCAGAAGCACAAAGACCAUUUCCGGCUAACUAUUCCCAGGAAAUCUAAGCUGGCGGUCCACAGGAACCUUAGAGACGAUGAAGGCUUUAUCAUCAGGCACUUUGCAGGGGCUGUGUGCUAUGAGACAACCCAGUUUGUGGAGAAAAAUAAUGAUGCACUACAUAUGUCUCUUGAAUCCUUGAUAUGUGAGUCCAGGGAUAAGUUUAUACGGGCAUUAUUUGAGUCAUCCACAAAUAACAACAAAGAUACGAAACAAAAGGCUGGAAAACUUAGCUUCAUCAGCGUGGGAAACAAGUUCAAGACACAAUUAAAUUUGCUUCUGGAUAAACUUCGAAGUACCGGAGCCAGCUUCAUCCGCUGUAUUAAACCCAACUUAAAGAUGACAAGUCACCACUUCGAAGGUGCCCAGAUUCUGUCUCAACUUCAGUGUUCAGGUAUGGUGUCUGUGUUGGACCUAAUGCAAGGGGGCUUCCCUUCAAGAGCCUCAUUUCAUGAACUUUAUAACAUGUACAAGAAGUACAUGCCAGAAAAACUUGCAAGAUUGGAUCCAAGGCUAUUUUGUAAGGCUCUUUUUAAAGCUUUGGGAUUAAAUGAAGUUGACUACAAGUUUGGGCUAACAAAAGUAUUUUUCAGACCUGGCAAGUUUGCAGAAUUUGAUCAGAUUAUGAAGUCUGACCCUGAUCACUUAGCAGAGUUGGUGAAAAGAGUCAAUCUGUGGCUAGUCUGUAGUCGCUGGAAGAAAGUUCAGUGGUGUUCACUGUCAGUCAUCAAACUGAAAAACAAAAUAAAAUAUCGGGCUGAAGCAUGCAUUAAAAUGCAGAAAACCAUCCGAAUGUGGCUUUGCAAGAGGAGACACAAACCACGGAUUGACGGCCUGGUUAAGGUGGGCACACUGAAGAAACGACUCGAUAAGUUCAAUGAGGUCGUAAGUGCACUGAAAGAUGGAAAGCCGGAGGUGAACAGACAGAUCAAAGAUCUUGAAAUUUCUAUUGAUGCUCUGAUGGCCAAAAUUAAGUCCACCAUGAUGACAAGGGAGCAGAUACAGAAAGAGUAUGACGCACUCGUUAAAAGCUCGGAAGAGCUCCUCAGUGCACUGCAGAAAAAGAAACAGCAAGAGGAGGAGGCAGAGAGGCUGAGGCGCAUCCAAGAGGAGAUGGAGAAAGAAAGGAAGAGGCGUGAAGAAGAUGAACAACGUCGGCGGAAGGAGGAAGAAGAGAGGCGGAUGAAACUUGAGAUGGAAGCAAAGAGAAAACAAGAGGAGGAGGAAAGGAAGAAGCGGGAAGAUGAUGAAAAGCGGAUCCAGGCUGAGGUGGAGGCACAGCUGGCAAGACAGAGGGAGGAGGAGUCGCAGCAGCAGGCGGUCCUGGCCCAGGAGUGCAGGGACAGGGAGUUGGCCCUGCGCAUCGCCCAGAAUGAGUCGGAGCUCAUCACUGAUGAGGCACAGGGUGACAUGGGACUCCGAAGAGGCCCUGCUGUACAAGCUACGAAGGCUGCUGCUGGGACCAAGAAACAUGAUCUCAGUAAAUGGAAAUACGCAGAACUACGCGAUACAAUCAAUACUUCUUGUGACAUUGAGCUCCUGGCAGCUUGCAGAGAAGAGUUUCACAGAAGACUGAAAGUGUAUCAUGCUUGGAAAUCCAAGAACAAGAAGAGAAAUACUGAAACAGAGCAGCGUGCUCCCAAGUCUGUUACUGAUUAUGAUUUUGCACCAUUUUUGAACAAUUCACCUCAGCAGAACCCCGCAGCUCAGCUCCCUGCCAGGCAGCAGGAGAUUGAGAUGAACCGACAGCAGCGUUUCUUCCGCAUCCCCUUCAUCCGCCCUGCUGACCAGUACAAAGACCCUCAGAACAAGAAAAAGGGCUGGUGGUAUGCCCAUUUUGACGGACCAUGGAUUGCUCGGCAGAUGGAGCUGCACCCUGACAAGCCACCCAUCCUUCUUGUAGCCGGCAAGGACGACAUGGAGAUGUGUGAGCUGAAUCUUGAGGAGACCGGUCUGACUCGCAAGCGUGGUGCUGAGAUCUUGCCCAGACAGUUUGAAGAGAUCUGGGAGCGUUGUGGAGGCAUUCAGUAUCUUCAGAGCGCCAUCGAGAGCAGGCAGGCCCGGCCUACCUAUGCUACAGCCAUGCUUCAGAACCUGCUCAAGUAGACCACAGGGUUCCAACCUAGCCCUGACCUCACAGGCGGGGAGGGGCCCUCAGAGGAGGGGAGGGGACAGAAGGCUCAUCACUUCCUUGCUCCUGGUAGAAAUGUCUUAUGCAAAGUGAACAGAUUUUAAUAAUCAUGGAUUUUGUUAAUUUGUUCAAGGUUAAUUAAGGUUGAGGUAGUGGAUUCAGGACCUAAAGAGAGAAAAACCCUGAUUCCAGCAGUGCCCCUCCCCCCCUGCACUGUUGUGAUGUUUUCUGGUCCUAGACAGAUGGCUGAUACUUCUCACUCUGCACACUGACCACCUUAUUGCUGUGUAUUGUCAUGGACAAGACUUUUUUUUUAAUUCAAAACAUUUGACUUUUUAAAGAAAAGGAUGUCACAGUGCCUUUAUAACUGAGAUAAUGAAAUCUUAGCUCAAUUUUGUCCGAGAAUUAAGGUACUUGAAUUGAUUAAGGCACAGAUGUGUUUGGUCUAAAAAGCUGUAUUUUAUCUGCUUCUUCACAAGUCCAUGCAAAUCGACUUUCCCUCCUUGCAGUGUGCUUAGCGCCCAUGAUCCCCAAGUUCUAGAAUUCUGGAAAAAGCCUUAACGUAUGGACUGUUAUAUGUGCAGGGGAGGUGCUGGGUGUAUUCGGCACAGACAUGGAGUGCUUGUCUACCAAGCUCUGUGUUACUCUUGGAAUCUCCUCUUCCUAAUCCAUGGCCAGUAAAGGAAAUUGUUUCUUUGAACGACUGGAGGUUUUGAUAUAGCUUUGUUUCAUUGUGGAAGGGAUGCAGGGUUGAGGAGGUUUUUUGUGACUCUACUGGACUGAAUUCCAAUAUUUUUUUUCCACCUCAUCUCAACUGCAGUCUCUCAGUUUGAACUUUGUCCAAGUUAUCUCUUGUCACUUAAGCUGGUGAUCUGCUUCGGACAGCUCGCUUGCCCCUUCCCCUCUUCCGGGUAUCCAUUUUGGCCUUUGAGACAUGGUAGAGCUGCUUUGUAAACUUCGUAAUCCCGAAGCCCUUGUACUUAGACAUAGUUUGUUUCAUGCUGCAGGAAGCCUUUAAAACACGCCCUUUGUAUACUGUUUAGUCCUUAUCAGAUGUCAGCAGUUGGGACUAAUAUUUACAACUUUAAUAUUAGGAAUUUAGAGACAAAAAAUACAUCAAGGAGUUAUGUUGACACCCAAAGGAGUCUUUGUAUUUUAGAAUAAAAGUAGAAAGUAAAACUAUUCUUCACACUCCACUUUGUUUUUAAAUACCCUGACCUUUGAAAUUUCAAGAUUUCUUUUUUUCCCUUAGAUUCAUGUUCAGAACCCUCGGGUACUAUUGUCAGAAUCGCUCCUUUCAAAAUGACUUAGUACUGAAGUACUUAUUUAUUAUUAUGACAUCGUGGAAAUGAUUGUUUUGUGUUAAGGAAGUUAAGUGACCCUGUCUCUACUAAUAACUGAAAAUGUGAAUGAGGUUUUUUUCUAGAGGCUGUCUUACUGCUUAGACUUGCCCUCUGUUGGUCCUGUGAUUGAUGGUAGAGGUAUAGUUACUGAAAUAAAUAACCUGUUCUUUCUCUUUCAUCCCUCACUUUUGAUUGGUGUCUUUAUUUGUGCAGGAUACUGAGUAAGCUUUAUUUCCUAGGCAAAAUGAAUAUAGUCCUUGGGAAAAAAAUUAUCUAGGCCUAGUGGAUUCUUAGUGACUUGUCAUCUUAGCACUGUUUACGGAAGCACUUUUAUAUAUCCUCUGGAUCUAUGAAUAAGCACCAGAUGAAAAAUUAAUCAAAAUGUGGGAAUUAUGAUAAUGACAGAUCUUAAUAUUUUAAAGAAUUUAUAGAAAAUAUACGACAGCAAAGCAUUGUUGAAAGUGUGGUUUUUGACUGAUAACUCUCAGUCAUCUUCGACCAUUUCCUUCCUAAUUACGUCACUGUGCUGGCCUACAAUGUAUCCGUUUCAGAUAUCUCCUGAGUUAAUUUUGCCAAGCAGGAGACUGCCCUAAUUCAGGCAGGCUUUGAGCCUUCCACAUGUCAUAGCAUCCAGAUCCUCCCAGGGAGACUUUAGAACAUCAUUUUUUGGGGCACAGCAGAAAUGAUGUUCCAGGAGACCUUGAUCCAGCUUCUCUACCCUGUUUCAUGGAUUCAGAUCCACAAAGGCUAUUCAAGAAUUUGAGGCAUCCCCAUCAGUUAACUCUUAUUUUAGUCAGCCAUUUAAAAAUUUAAGUUUAAACCAAUAUACUAUACAUGAAGAACUAAUUUCUGUAAUGUUUUUCAGCUCCAGUUUCUUCCACCACACUUGGUGUACAUUUUAAUAGAACAUAACAACAACAACAACAAACAACAUGAUGGCAAGUGUUUCCAUGUUAAAUUCAGUAGUGACACUGCACAAUGUCAGCACCACAGUUAGACAUGUGUUAGUAUGGAGAUAUGCUCUUAGCCAGUGCAGGAAGUUUCUAGAGGCCUGGUGUGUUCAAAAGAUUCAGCCCCUUGACUGUCACGGAGACCACCUAUGCACAGGUGUAUGAGAAGAAGCAAAAUAAGUGAGCGCUACCGUGUUCUAAAGGUAACUAGGGAGUCAGGCUCUCACCCUGGCAUGUAAAAAGACUUAACAGACCAGUGAGCCCUUUGGUUUCACAAGCAACUAGGAAAACUGUUUAAGGCAAAACUAGGAAUUUCUUAUGAGAUUUAGAUAAUAGAAACCACAGGAAUAAUAAUAAUAUUUAUUACAUGUCAUCUUUAUUAAUUGUUUGGUUUUUUUUUUCCAAUGCGGGGAUUGAACCCAGGGCUUCAUACAGGUGAGGCUCUAUAGGGAGGCACCUCUCUGACCUUUACUUGGAUAUUUUUGGAAGAGAGUUUCACUCACAGGUUACUAAUAUGGUUCUCAGGGGAAUUCACAUAUGUAGACCUUUGGGUUUUUUUUUUUAAUAGUUUUACAAUACUUGGUUUAGCAGAAUAGUUAUUGAACUAAUCAGUCAGUUAAUACUAAGUUAAUAAUUUUACCUUAUAUAAAAAACUUGUAGUAAGCCAGGAAGGUCAUUCAGUUUGUUACUAGACCAUGAAAGAGAUGUAAAGGCCUUUGCUCCAGUCAUGGAGUGAAAACAAUGUUUGUCUGCUCAGCAACUGAACCCUGGAGACUUACAAAGGGCUGUUCCUGUACUUUACUGUUUGUCCUCAACACCAGUAAAUAAAUAUUGAGUUUUAAUUGCUUCCAGAAGAUACAUUAACAGUGGAGGGCAGGGGAGGGCAGAGGACAUUUAACAAUGAGGGUAAGGAUGAAGUGUGGGAACAGUGAUAACCAUAAGGGCAGACGAGAGCAUUAGUGCAAGACGAGGGAAAUCUUGCAUCCCCUGAAGACUGCAUCUCAGUGGGGAAACACUCAGACGCCCUAGACAACUGAUAUUCUUGGGUCCUGGCUGAGUUUUAGGAUGUAUUUGCUACAGCUAGGAGCAGAAGCUAAGGUUAGUAAACUUGGAUAGUGUGUCACCUGGCAUGUAGAUCUUAGCGUUGGAGAAUGGUCCAGCUGAACUGGAGGCACCCAGGAAAGAACUUGGCAUCCUUUAUACGAGCUGUGUGCAAGGGCCAGUGGAGAGCCUGCCUGUGUCAGUGCCUCAUCUUUUGACAAUUUGGUCCAAUUCAACUCUUCUUUCCCCAACACUAACUUACGUGUGAAGUAACUUUGAAUCUUGGAAGUUUUCCAAGGGAGAGUUAGGAAAAAUUAAUGGACAUUGAAAACUGCACAAUCUUUAAUCUUAAUUUUCGUCAAUAUAGAAGCUGAACGUCAAACUACAAACAGGUGUAUUGAGCAGCCACUUUUUUUUCACUUCUGGAAGUCUGUCUAUUUGUAACUCCUAAUUUUUAUUCAUUUCAUGAAAAGUGUGUGUCUAAUACUUUCCUAAAAUACUGAUGUACUGGAAAUUCAAAUAAACUGCCUUAUAUGUAGAACA